AUGGGAUUUUCGACGUUUCUCGUCUUGGCGGUCGUCGCCGGAGUUCUACUCGGCAACGUCCCCGAAACUCUGGCGGCAAGGCGUGAUCGACAACAGCAACAGCAGCAGCAGCGGUGUCAGCGAAUCAAGACUCCGCAAUGCAAGGACGUGGGACUACCUUACGAGCGGACAGUCUUUCCGAACAUCUUCGGGCAAGACAGCCAGAAGUCGGCCAAAUCGAGCCUGAAAAAGUGGGAACAGGUUAUCGAAACCGGUUGCUCAGCUUACAUUCGACCCCUUCUCUGUGCCGCUUUCGUCCCGGCCUGCCCCCGUAAGAGCUCGCAGACACUGCCCCCAUGCCGCGAGCUAUGCAUGAAGGCCAAGAUGGAGUGUGAGAGUCAGAUAACCGAGUCCCCGCUAGAAUGGCCUGUAGAGCUGAAUUGUGAUACAUUACCUUCUUACAACCCGGAGAGAAAGACGCCGAAAUGUAUCCACUAUGAGCCUCCAAAGCCAGCCCAUUGUAAACUUCACAAGGAGAUCGGACCGUGUAGCACCUACCAUCCUUUCUGGUACUUCGACCGGGUGGCAAAAACUUGCCAGACAUUCACUUACGGCGGUUGCCUUGGCAACAAGAACCGGUUUGAAACGAAGGAGGCUUGUAUCCGAACCUGUGGACAAGAAAGCACAAUAGCUCCCGGUAUGUUGAGUACCACAUUGGAUAUCACUACCAAUGAGGCGACCACGCCCCAGCCCCUCCCAAAGGUUCUUGAACGCCCCAUGGACCAGACGGUGUUUGAAGGCGAGACUGUCACUCUGAACUGCUUUGCAUCGGGGGCGCUGGAGUAUACGUGGAGGAGGAUAGCUGGUCCGAUGCCUGAACAUAAGAUUCUCGCCGAAGAAUACAGCAGAGAGGGCGCUAUUCUGAUAAUUGCUGACAUGAUGCCCGAGGAUGCUGGGUUAUACAUGUGCAUCGCCGAGAACCAGGCAGGCGUGGAGGAGAGUGUUGCCUCCAUUACAGUUUUAGUACCACCUAGGAUCGUCAAGUUUCCCGAUAGUGCGUUGAUCAUCCAGGGGGAGACCCUGGAACUGAAAUGUGAAUUCACGGGGGUUCCCCCUCCCAAGGUUUACUGGGAGAGGGAGGAUGGCCAAUUCGUUUCACAAAGGGUGAACGGUACGGAGUCGACCGUCAUCAUAAGCAACAUCAAUGACAUCCAGACUGGUAUGAGGUUCACCUGUGUAGGACGGAACGAAGCCGGGCUCGACAAGCGAUUCAUUGACGUCGAAGUGAAAGUGCCGCCAUAUUUCACCGCAUUUGCUCGCAACCGAACGCUGAAUGAGGGAGAGACAGCAGACUUCUUAUGCCAGGCAGAGGGGACAAGACCCUUGACGAUAACGUGGUACAAGAAUGGUGAACCGCUUGUAGCGGAUGGUGUUCGAACCAUCUUCUUCGACAACGGAACCAGCUUCCAUAUCACUUCGACCACGCCCAGCGACUCUGGACGAUACACCUGCUCGGCAUCCAAUACCGUCGGGCAGAUCGUGGACGAUGUCUACUUCCAAGUCAUCGCUUCGGCAGCUUUACCACGAAUCACCGAAAGCCCGUCCAAUGCAACCAUCUACAUUGGACAAUCCAUACGUUUCCAUUGCCAAGCAUCUGGCGACCCUGUUCCCACAGUAAGCUGGUUGGUGGACGGUUUUACUAUCGGUGUCCCUCCUCUUGAUCGAGACAUGCGGUAUUCGUUCAAUGGCACCGAUCUCGUCAUUGAUCACGUCAAUGUGCGCGAUGCCGGGAAGUAUACGUGUUUGGUCACCUCGCCGCAUGGCAUGGAGCGAGUCAGUGCACAGCUGCGUAUUAGAGAACCCAAACUCGAAAUGGAAACUGCCAUCAGCGACACCAACGUCAUCAUCGGCGACGAUCUCGUGCUUACUUGCGAGGCGAGCGGCGAGCCCGAACCCAGUCUGACCUGGUACCGCAACGGUCUCCCAAUCAAUGAAACCCUUCAGAGAUUCUCCCUCGAAGAGAACUCCCUGAUCAUCCCCAUCCUCACCUCCAAGAUGGGCGGUUCCUACAAGUGUAUCUAUGACAACGGGGUGCUGACGGCGUCAUCUUCGGCGAUGGUAGAGAUCCUUGAGCCUACUGCUAUCACUCCUGCAUCAUCAAUGCCGCCCCCUAUGUCAAACUCAACGACAGCCACGCCGCAGCCAUCGGGCACGAAUGAUAUGUCGGAUACUGAUUUGUCAGAACUUGGAACCGCUCCCUCAUCUCUAAUGGAACUCAAACUACGUCGCUAUGACGUCACAGACACAGGUAUACCAGACCUGUUUCGGGGAUGGGCCGACGUCCAGGGACAGGGCGCCGCCAACGAUUAUUGCAGAGUGAUUGAGCCAGUGGAGGGACAGUACCAGCUCUCCUGUGUCCUCGCCGGGAGUGAAGGGGAGGUGAACUACACGACGAAUCUAGGCUUCGAGAUUGGUGAGAGAAAUACCUGGUAUAUGAAGGAUGAGGACGGCGAUGGAAGAGACGAUUACUGCAGAUGCAUGCGAGAAGCUGGCCAAGGAAGAUGGGUCUACUGCACCAAGGCGGGGGCAAACGGUUUCUAUGGCAACCCUGAUGCGGAGGACUUUGAGACGAACGAGGUAUCGUUCCGCGCCCCCGGACCGGGUGAGGAGCUGAAGAAAUGCAGAAAGAGGAGAGUGGACCCUUUCUUCGGAUUGCCAGAGACACUGGAAUAAAAGGGCGUUGCCUCUCUUCAAUUCUGAUUAAAAGACUUUAAAUUUAAAGAAGGAUGUGAGCAACUGUUCGUGGUAGCAGAAGAUGUUUUUUGUCAGAACUCAGAUGAGAAGCUGAGGUGUCUUUGAACUGAAUAUAAACGCUGGAGCAAUGGACGCUGUGCCUCAUUUCGGAUAGCUGAAAUUUUUUGUAACAAUAAUGAGAUGUGAGCGUCUAAUACCAGGAUGUUACAUCGUUUCCUUCUCCACAUUUUUUUCAUUCAUCUUAUUUAUUCACUUUGGGGGAAGCUGACGACAGAAAUAUCCGUCUGUUAGAACGAAGUCAAGUGUCAGUGAUGAUGAUAUGCCAUACCCGGCUCUCUUACAUUGGUCAGUUGUGAUAUAUAAGAGUAUUUUUUAAAAUGGAAACUCCAGGGGAAUACCCAUCUGUACUAAGCACUUUUCCUCUUCCUGAUCCACGACCC